UCUGCAGUCGUGAGGGCAUAAUGAGACGCUGCUGGGCGCCCCCCUUCCCAAAACCAACACAAAAAGUACUGUAAAUAAAACGAAACAGUACAAAUAACCGCAUAGAAACGAUCAGACGGGGCUUCUACGUUACCUAAAGCCCUUUGCUGGACAGAAAACCCCUUGAAAGGGAAGUUUGAGUUCAGUUUCACAGCUCUAACUCCUCCUUUUCUUUAUCUCCACCUGCAUCACUCCAUACGUUCCCCCUCAACCCACUCCUCCUUAAUUUCCUUCUCUCUCCAUCCACCCUUUCUCUGGGAUCAUGUGUGAUAAUGGGGAUCUGGAGGACAAGCCACCCGCUCCGCCUGUGAGGAUGAGUAGCACGAUCUUCAGUGGUGGCGGGAAGGACCACACGCUCUCCGCCAAUCACAGCUCCAAGCCCCUCCCCUCGGUCCCGGAGGAGCGCAAACCUCGGAAUAAAAUAAUCUCCAUCUUCUCAGGAGCCGAGAAGGGUGGUCGAAGGAAAGACAGAGAUAAAGAAAGACCAGAGAUCUCACCGCCAUCAGAUUUCGAGCACACGAUCCAUGUGGGAUUUGAUGCCGUCACGGGGGAGUUUACGGGGAUGCCAGAGCAGUGGGCGAGGUUACUGCAGACCUCCAACAUCACCAAAUCUGAGCAGAAGAAGAACCCGCAAGCCGUUCUAGAUGUCCUCAAGUUCUACGACUCCACGGGGAACGGCCGGCAGAAGUACCUCAGCUUCUCCUCAGAGAAGGAUGGAUUUCCCUCCGGCGAACAAUCGCCUGUCAAGAAAACACCAGAGCCUUCAUCUCCAAUCAAAGCCGUUGAUGACGAUGAGGAAGAUGAGGACGAGGAGAUGCCACCGCCUGUUGUUGCACCCCGACCAGAACACACCAAGAGUAUGAUGACUAGACCAUCUUUCAUCGACCCCAUCCCUCCCCCUAUGACAUCUCCGGAUGGUGAGGUUGCGGCGAAGUCUGCCGACCGACAGAGACCCAAAAAGGGGAAAAUGACCGACGAGGAGAUCAUGGACAAGCUGAGAACCAUAGUCAGUAUCGGGGAUCCAAAAAAGAAAUAUACACGAUAUGAGAAGAUUGGACAAGGAGCUUCUGGAACAGUGUUCACUGCCAUUGAUGUUGCCACUGGACAGGAGGUGGCCAUCAAACAGAUCAACCUGCAAAAACAGCCCAAGAAAGAGCUCAUCAUCAACGAAAUACUUGUUAUGAAGGAGCUAAAGAAUCCAAACAUUGUAAACUUCGUAGACAGUUUUCUGGUCGGGGAGGAGCUAUUUGUAGUGAUGGAAUACUUGGCGGGCGGCUCGCUCACAGAUGUGGUAACCGAAACGUGUAUGGAUGAAGCCCAAAUUGCUGCGGUGUGUCGAGAGUGUUUGCAAGCGCUGGAAUUUUUGCAUGCAAAUCAAGUUAUUCAUCGAGACAUCAAGAGUGACAACGUACUUCUUGGAAUGGAUGGUUCUGUCAAGCUCACGGACUUUGGAUUCUGCGCCCAGAUCACUCCUGAACAAAGUAAGAGGAGCACAAUGGUGGGUACCCCAUAUUGGAUGGCUCCAGAGGUGGUGACUCGCAAAGCCUACGGACCCAAAGUUGACAUCUGGUCUUUGGGCAUCAUGGCUAUCGAAAUGGUGGAAGGAGAACCGCCAUACCUCAAUGAGAAUCCACUGAGGGCGCUCUAUCUGAUUGCCACCAAUGGAACUCCAGAGCUACAGAGUCCCGAAAAGCUGUCGCCAAUUUUCCGAGACUUCCUGAGUCGCUGUCUGGAAAUGGACGUAGACAAGAGGGGUGGAAGCAAAGAGCUUUUGCAGCAUCCCUUCCUGAAGCUGGCCAAACCUCUCUCGAGUCUCACUCCUCUGAUUUUGGCUGCCAAGGAUGCCAUGAAGAACAACCGCUAGACUCCCUCCCCAAACAAGCUGUUGCCAGCAAGCACGGCGUGCUCACAGACUGCCGAACACUCUUCCAAUCUGCGCCAGGUGUUUUUACCUUUGUGCCACCCUGUCAACACCAUAUCAGUGUUGCCAAAACAAAACUCCAAGCAUUUAAUUUGGGUCUUUUUCCUGCUUUUAUACCUGUGUGGACCGCUGUGGUGUUGGGGGACAUUAGAUAUCCCCACGCCCUUGUUCUACUGUCAUUAGAUUUAUUUUGCUGUGGAACAUCUGGACUUUGUUGUCUAAGUCCAGUCUUUGGCUUCCCUAGAUGAGAUCUAAUGGACAAUCACAUUUCAAAUCAAGCUAGAGACAUUUUGUUAGUCUUUAGAUUCGUGUAGCAAGAGUGUUCCCAACACUCCUCGUAAGGGAAGAGCACCUUACCGAUACAUGCCAACUGCGAGCAGUGAAUGAUGUUGGUGGUCACUUGUGCCUUUGUUAUUCCAGCAAACACCUUUUGCCAUUGAACUUCCUGAGACGAAACUUUCAUGUGAUGAAAUGUGUUUAUUGCGUACUUCGAAGGAGCGUAGCAUUACAGUUGAAGUAGUUAACCAAAAACAGGACUCGUAGAUUUGAUAAAUGUUUGUGUACAUGAACACUUCUUUUUUUGGUUGUUGUUUUAGUAACUAACAGUUUAUUAUUAUUAAGUAAAUGCAGUUGUCGAUAAGUCGUGAUGUAAGAAAUUUUAAUUAUUUUUAUGCUUUUCAGUCACUUGUUUUGCAAGUAAAGUCGGAUUCCUGCAACUUUGUUGAUCAAUACAGUCAUUGCA